UCGUAAACCAUGAUCAUAUUAACAUCUAUAUUCAUAAGUUUCCUGAGCCUCUCGAGUUCGGACUGCAUCCUGGAUUCCUCAACAGCCUACAUCUCCAAGGAAAUCAGUCUGAACGAUGAUCUCAUGAAGAAAUAUGGCGACUGCCAUCAAGUUAUGGAGAACACCACAGUCACCGUCAGCCUGAGAUUUGCCGUGAAAACAUUUAAAUUUCUCCACGACAACUUUAUCCUACACAGCUGGGCUUUUCUGUCCUGGCACGACGACCACCUGACAUGGAACCCUGAGGAUUACGACGGCAUCCACAGCGUCUCGGUUAGCAUCAUGACUAUCUGGACCCCGCAGAUCCAUUUGGAUAACGAAUUGGAAUUCGAAACUGAAAUAUUGGACCCACCUAUUUUAAACUGCAAGGUCUCCUACAUGGGUAUCGUAUCCUGCAUUCCCAAGGUCACGCAUAUCAUCCAAUGCAUCUCAGUUCUGAACAACUGGCCCUACGACACUCAAACCUGCACCUUCAAUUACACCGUAAAAAAUAACGUGAAAUUAUCCUACCCUCCCUCAAAAGCAGUGUCAACUGUUGGAGCGGAAUAUGCUACUGGAUGGAUCAUAGUGGCAUAUGAGUAUACGCAUCCCGAUGAAUUGAUAGACACGAUGAGUGUAGUCCUGACAAUCGAGAGAGUAGCAGCUCUUUUGGCUGCGAUAAAUGUUAUUCCUCUCGUAACUGUAGCAGUGUUAUGUGUUACGGCUAUAUUUAUUGAUGUCAAUAAGACUCUCCGUGUGUUCAUGUUGUGUUUCUCGUUGGCUUGUGACUUUGUGUUCGUGCAAACAAUUAAUGAGAAUAUUCCACGAGGAGGCAUUGGAGCCCCUAAAGUUUUGAACUUCUUAAAAGCGUCAAUAUUCAUGACGGCCAUUACCAUAGUUGCAACAUUUGCUUUGAGGAAUUUAAGAAAGAAAACAAAACCUACCCCAACAUGGGUUAAUAUAGUCAAUGAUUUCCUGCUCAAGAAUUCUAUAAAAACAUUUAUAGGUCCCAUAUGGGAUCCUGAAUUACAUGAGGAUGACACAAUCAAGAAGUCAUUACAAGAUUGGAACACUUUUACAUAUAUUUUGAAUUCUGUUAAUAUUGUAACCUACAUAAUAAUUUAUUUUGUAUUGUAUCUUAUAUACAUACCAAGACCAAUACCAGUUAUUGUUUGACUAGCUUGGAAAGUCAUACUUUUCUAUACGCAUUCGGGAAUAUAGUAAUCCAGUAGGCAGAAAAAUUAUAUGAAACUUUAAUUACAAAGAUAUUAUGUUACAGACUUGUUAUGAAACAGA